AUGGUGAUCCAAUCAGCCCUUCUGGCCAGCAUGAUCGACAUAGAGAAAAGUGUAAAACAACUGGUCAUAGAGGCCAAUCUGAGACUUCUCGACCUUUUGGCUCCUCACCAGGAUGUGAGGGAAUCUACUGCGGGGAGUGCUACCUGCACUGAAAUCCCCGAACAGCAGCCAGAUGUGUCACAACCUCCACCGAGGAGGGCAACUGGGGUUGCCAUCAAUGAUCCAACUGGUGCCCCCCGACCUACUACCACACCGGCCCCUCUAGGGAAGGGAAAGAAGAAGGCCACAGAGCCUAUUCUUGAGUCAUCGGACGAGAAUGACAUGGACUCCGAGAAUGUAUUCGACAUGUACUGUGCUUCCGAGGCUCCUGAAGCUCCUGCGAGCAAGAAGAAAUCGAGCAGGCGGCAUCAGGAGGAAAGCAGUAAAGUGCCUCCGGCCAAGAAAUCCCGGAUUGCAGACCCUCCGGCAAACGGACCGUCAAAAAAUGCAACACCACCUCCUUCUCCUCUCAAGAAGCAAAAUACUCCUGCUCCGGUCGGGUCAACACCUUCUCCACCGGCCCCAACCGACCAAACUCAGCAGGUUGCUCCUGCUUCCACAGGGGGCGACAUAUCGAGUCCUGCUUUAAGAUCGGCCAAAGAUAGGAUGGCCAAAAUUUUGAAGCACGAACGUUGCCAAGAGGCGAUGGCGGGGAUAGAGAUGAUGGACGUCAACCAAAUCUUAACCCGCGCGCUAAACGAGCUUGCCAGUGAAAUGCUGACUGUUACUGCCGGCCAGCUCCACUCGGGUGCUAUCACUAAGCAGACCAGGACCUCCGAGCAACAGCACGCUGAGGAACUCAAAGCUGCUGAAGCGAAAUACGCUGAACAACUUGAGGUGGCCCAGAAGACAAAUGCAGUGCUGCUCAAGGAGAAGAACAAGCUGGCUGAGGAGUUAAGGGAGAAGCAGACUGCGCUAGACAAGGCUAUCGAGCAAAGAGACCAGUUCAAGGAGUCUGACCGCGUCAAUUACCGCGAGGCUAAAAAGCUCGAGGAUGACUUGCUUGCGAGCAGACAAGAGACUACAACAUUGGAUGGUUGGAUCAAGAAGCUUGAAAAAGCUAACGCUAGCAAUUUGGAAAGUACACAGCCUACGGGUCGUGAUGUAAAGACAAUAUAA